AUGAGCGGGACGCAGAAGGAGGAUUCAUCCAAAGGCAACGAUGUUGAAGCAUCUGCCGGUACACUAGAGAAGGAUGAAGACACCAAUCCUUAUCUCGUGGAUUGGGAGGGACCCAACGACCCCGAAUGUCCUAUGACCUGGCCACUCAGUAAGAAAGUGCGGCAGCUGGCCGGCAUGGGGGUCAACAGUCUUCUCACACCAUUAUCUUCUUCCAUGUUCACCCCCGGCGAGGCCGAUGUGCUUGCCGAAUUCCAUAAUACAAACACCACCCUCGGCUCCUUUGUCGUCUCCAUCUUCCUCCUGGGCUAUGUGGUUGGACCAUUGGUCAUUGCGCCAUUAUCAGAGAUCUACGGCCGGUGCCGACUCUACCAUAUCUGCAACACUCUUUUCCUCAUCUUCACUAUUGCCUGUGCGGUCGCUCAAACCUUGCCUCAAUUGUUCGUCUUCCGAUUCUUCGCUGGAGUCGCGGGUAGCUGUCCGAUGACUCUUGGUUCCGGUACGGUGGCGGAUCUGAUCCCCAAAGAGAAACGAGCUGGAGUGAUGGCGAUCUGGGCAAUGGGGCCAGUUCUGGGACCAGUCAUCGGGCCAAUAGCCGGGUCGUUCGUCUGCGCGAACAUCGGCUGGCGAUGGGUUUUCUGGAUUAUUGCGAUUGCGACUGGUGUCAUGCUCGUCGCAACGCUUUUCUGCUAUCGUGAGACAUACAGCGUAGUCCUACUCGAGCGCAAGGCAGCGAGACUGCGCAAAGAGACCGGCAACGAAAAAUACCGAUCCAAGUUCGAUCGUGGCAUACCCCAGAAGGAGGUCUUCCGACUAGCCGGCGUGCGACCAUUCAAGCUUCUUUUCCUGUCGCCCAUUGUCCUGUUGAUGGCUCUGUUCGGGGCGGUGUCGUAUGGAUACCUGUACCUCAUGUUCACCACUAUCACCGCCAUCUUCGAGGAAGUGUACGGUUGGCGACAGGAGAUGUGUGGCUUGGCGUAUCUAGGAUUCGGUAUCGGCGCCAUCAUCGGGCUGCAGGUCAGCGGCUAUGCGGCUAAUCGCAUCGCCGCGACGCAUACAGCUCAGGGACGCUUCGCGCCAGAGUCCCGUCUGAUCCCCGCUCUUUACGGCUCAUGGCUUCUGCCGAUCGGGUUGUUCUGGUACGGGUGGUCGGCCGAAAAACAUGUCCACUGGAUCAUGCCUAUCAUCGGUACUGGCAUCUUCGGAGCUGGACUGAUGUGUGUUUUUCUGAGCAUCAAUACCUACCUCGUCGAUUCUUAUCUCCUGUACGCUGCAUCUGUCACGGCUGCCAACGCCGUAACCCGCUCGUUGAUUGGUGCGCUACUCCCCCUGGCGGGCCCGUCGAUGUACAGCGCUCUAGGGCUGGGCUGGGGAAAUUCUUUACUUGCCUUUAUUGCGCUUGCCUUUUGCAUGUUCCCGAUAUUUUACAGCCGGUACGGAGCGAGGAUUCGGACAUCGCCGAGGUUCCAAUUAAACCUUUAG